AUGACGGGGAGUAAUUCCGGAUCAGAUGAUAGCAAUGAGUCACGAAAACGCCAUUCUGACGAUCACUUUGAAUCAGGGUGUAGCUCAAAACGACCAAACUGCGGAGCAUCAGCAGUUCACCUAAAGGUGCUGAUUCCCUCGAUUGCUGCCGGUGCUGUCAUAGGAAAAGACGGGGAAGCAAUUGAGCGAAUACAAAAAGAAAGUGGAGCCAAGGUGAAAAUAUCUAAACGGAAUGAUUUCUACCCAGACAUCAAAUUCAAGCUUGGCAUCUUCGACAUGAUUGUCGAUAGAGGGCAAAACGCUGUAGCAGCGACUCUUGAAGUUGGUACGCGAUCCAAAGCCUACCGUUAUCGUCUCUGUCGCGUCCUUAUCGAACGCGAGGUAAAGACGCCAUCUCUUGACAUGACUUCGCCUGUUCCCCCCAUCACUGUCUAUGUGGCUUUGGUUGUGAAUGUGUUUUUUUUCUCUCCUGAUCUCCCUCUAGGCACUUUGGAGCGUGUGUGCUUGAUUGUUGGAACCCUAGAAGCGGUGACCUCCACUCACACCUUCGUGAUGGAAAGGAUCUACGAGAAACCUGAUACUACCAUUCAAUCCACUGAUAGUCGGGUGGUUCUGGAAAGACAUAAGCAGGUUAGAUGA